AUGGAUGAUGUAGGGAAAGAGAGGGAGCAGGAGAAACAGAAGGUCUGGAAGAGCCAGCGCAGGUUUUUAUACAACGCCAAGGUGAGCAAACCAGAGAGCAAAGAAGCCUCCAACACCUGUCCCUUGACCAGCCUGCUGCUACUAAAGGUCAGCAUCUAUGAUCAUUUUGGAGCCACAGCGUCAAAGAUGUCGUCUCUAGAGCAGCUGUGUAGCCUUUUGCCUAUUAACCCCUGGCACUGGUUAAACCUGUGUCUACAGCAGCUGGAGAACAACAAAAUCACAGGUGGGCUGGAAUUUCUGCUUCAUUUUUCAGAUCAUUUUAUUUCCUAUUUCCAUAAAAGACAACACAGACUGGCUGAAAGCUUGCAUAUGUUUCAUCAGGACGAGGUGCAGUGUGUGACUGUCAUCAGACGAUCAGCAGGCUCUUCACCAAGUGCAGACCUCAUAGUGUCUUGUUCCUUCCAUCUCUCUCAGACUCCUUUGUCCUCGUCCUUUGUGCUACAGCGCAGUGAAAAUGCCCUACAUUCAACAGAUGAGGCGUUACAGCGACUAAGUCCCAAAGAAGCAACUCUGCAGGCUCUCACUGAGGUGAUGUCAGAAGACCUAAUCCCAGAGAAGAUGAGGGAGGACUACCAGGACGGGGAAAGUCUGACCAGUGUGUGUGUACAGAGCUUCAGAGAGCGCUGGUGGAACAAGGUCCUAAUGAUUGGAGUGUUACACACUGAUGGAUAUCAGAGAAAUGAGGAGCUGAAGUCCUGAUGCUGUUUACAGAGGUGAUACCACACAGACCCGAGACUGUCUUCAGAACAUCACAAACCCCCAACAAAACUCAAUAAAUAACAUAAGAAGUAUCCCCA